AUGAGCCUGGAUUUCGAAUACAUUGCUGCUCAUAUCAGCGAUUAUAUUAAUAAUGAAAACUUAUUCAAUACAUUUGAUAUCGAAGCUAUCAAAACAAUCAUGAAAUAUUCACGUUUGACAGCAGAUCAAUAUGUUACUCUUCUGAAACAAUCUUCAUCAACUCUCAAAGCCAAAGAAUUAUAUAUCUGUACACGGAAGGCAAAUGCUCGUAUCCAAAAUCUCGAAGAAGUUGUUUCAAUUCUUAACUCUGUGAAAAGAUACAUGAAAUUCAAUAUAUUUGAUGGUAUUAUAGAUUUUUUAAAACAAAAUGUGCAAGUGAUAAACAAUUCUACGAACAAAACAGAAAUAUUUCAAGAUAAAACCAAAGCGUUUCAAAAUGAAAAUGCAAGUGAAAAUACGACCAAAGAUACAACUAUCAAAGCAACUAAUGAAAAAUACAAUCAUUCACAAGAUAUUUUAACUAAAAUUACAGAACUUAAGGAAUCUAAUGAUUUCGAAACCGUUUACAAAUUCCUUGAUGAACUUUCUUCGAAAGGAAACCAUGACAUGAUUUCAAAAUCAAUCGAAGCAGGACUUUGGCAAAAGAUUGCUCCUAAAAAAUAUGAAUAUGAUCCUGAGAGUAAUGUUCUUCAUUUAGCAAAUGAAAACGGAAAUCUCAGACUUGUUCAAUCACUUAUCGAAUGUGGCUGUGAUAAAGAAGCAAAGAAUAAAUUUGGAUAUACUCCACUCAUUUGUGCAUCAUCUUAUGGUCAACUUGAAGUUGUUAAUUAUCUUAUCUCAGUUGGAGCUGAUAAAGAUGCAAAGAAUAAAUUUGGAUAUACUCCACUCAUUUGUGCAUCAGAAAAUGGUCAUCUUGGCGUUAUUGAAUAUCUUAUCUCAAUUGGAGCUGAUAAAGAAACAAAGAAUGGUUAUGGAUAUACUCCACUCAUUAAGGCAUCAUCUAAUGGUAAACUUGACGUUGUUAAAUAUCUUAUCUCAGUUGGAGCUAAUAAAGAAGCAAAGGAUAAAUAUGGAUAUACUCCACUCCUUUGGGCAUCAGAAAAUGGUAAACUUGAAGUUGUUCAAUAUCUUAUCUCAGUUGGAGCUAAUAAAGAAGCAAAGGAUAAUCUUGGAUAUACUCCACUCAUUUGUGCAUCAAUGCAUGGUCAUCUUGAAGUUGUUCAAUACCUUAUCUCAGUUGGAGCAGAUAAAGAAGCAAAGAAUAAUCUUGGAUAUACUCCGCUCAUUAGGGCAUCAGAAAAUGAUAAACUUGAAGUUGUUCAAUAUCUUAUCUCAGUUGGAGCUAAUAAAGAAGCAAAGAAUAAUGAUGGUAAAACUGCAAUGAUGAUUGCAAAAGGUAAAGUAAGAGAUUACUUAAAAACUAUUUGUGCUAACUAA